UCAAUAACAUCUCUCUUCCACAUGUGUUUUCGUAUUUUACAAGUGCUUGGAUUGUGAUUCUAAUAUUUAUUUUUGUAUUUUAAAUUAAAUAAUCACAAUGUCCUCUUGGAAAAAAGCAUCCAAGAGCAACCAAAAGGUGCAUCGCGAGCGACACCAGCCAGAGGCACGCAAACAUCUUGGUUUGUUGGAAAAGAAAAAAGACUACAAGAAACGCGCAAACAAUGAGCACUACAAGGAACGCACAUUAAAGUUGCUACACAAGCGGGCGCUGAAUAAGAAUCCCGAUGAAUUCUAUCAUCAUAUGAUUAACUCAAAGCUUGCAGAUGGUGUGCAUCAGGAGAAGGAAAAAGAACCCGAUGAACAUAGCAAAGUGCAGAAAGCGCUGAUGGAAACACAAGAUACACAAUACGUGACUAUGAAGCGUACAAUGGAAACGAAAAAAAUACAGCGACUCCAAUCACAACUGCAUAUGAUUGAUUUUGCCAACACAGUGACGAAUAAGCAUACAUUCUUUGACGAGAACAAGGAUGGAGAAAUUGUUGCACAGGAUCUGAGCAAAAUGGAAUUGGCACAGCGGCUUGAGACACAUCCAAGUUUAUUGGAGCGUAAAACGAAUCGUCCACGCAUACAGGAUUUGGACAACAUGAAAUUACCUGAACUUACGCCACAGGAAAUAAGAAAAGCUAAUUCUUUGAAAAAGCAGUCAUAUCAGGAGCUCACCAAACGUAUUGAGCGUGAAAAGGAAUUGGCGGUGGCACAGCAGAAGCUACAAAUACAGCGUGUGCUGAAGCAGGCGCGUUUACUGAAACCCAAAAAAAUUAGGAAAGGCACUAAGGAUGCGCCACCAGUGUAUCAGUUUAAAUACGAACGAAAGAAGUAAAUUUAAAGGCUUAUACUAGUUACUGCAAUGUAUAUAAUGUUAUGCAUAAAAUAAAAAUAUUUUAUAUUAAAUAAAUUUAAUUUGUAUUUUACCGCAUGAAUGAAAAUCA